UUCAGGUCAUUCUCUGAAAGCCCCUGUGGGUCGAUGGCAGAAGGGGAAGGACCUCCAGUGGUUUAACAAGGAACGGAAAGGAGAAUUGUCUGAAGCUGAGGCAGUACGUCAAGCAGAGAAAGAGGCCUUAAUGAUAGCCCUAGGACAAAAGGUCCCAGCAAAGCGGCCAGCUCAAUCUGUGAAGCCAGAAGUAGAGAGAGUCUCCUCAAGCCCAAGCCCUCCACCAAAGAAGAAAAAGAAGAAGAAAAAGAAGGAGCCAGAGCCUGGUAGUUUAGAUGAUCUUCUACUUCAAAAACUCAAAGGAAAGAAAGGGUUAGAAACAUUGAAAGAGCUCAAGAAGGAGAAAAAGACCGGAAGGGAUGCGGGAAAGUUGAAGAAGAAGAAGAAAAGGAAACACAGACAUCGUGAUGAGAGUGAUUCUGAUUCUACACAAGACACUUCAAGCUCUGAAUCAGAGUCCAGUGAUGGUAGAACAAAAUACAGCAAGUCGUCAAGAAAUAGCAAGAGGAAAUCGUCGGACAAGUCAUCAACGAGAAAACGUCAUAGUUCAGAGAGCGAUGAUGAAGGCGAUUACAGAGGAAGGAAGUCAGAAGCAAGAAAUGACAAAAGAAAAUUGUCAACGAGAAAACGCCAAAUAUCGGAUAGUGAUGAUGAAAAUGAUUACAGAAGAAAGAAAGCAGGAUCUAAAAAUGACAAGAGAAAAUCGUCCAUCAAAUCAUCGACGAGAAAACGUGAGAUAUCGGACAGUGAUGAUGAGAAUGAUUACAGAGGAAAGAAACCAGGAUCUAGAAAUGACAAGAGAAAAUCAUCCGACAAAUCAUCGACGAGAAAACGUGAGAUAUUGGACAGUGAUGAUGAAAGUGAUUACAGAGGAAAGAAAGCAGGAUCUAAAAAUGACAAGAGAAAAUCAUCCGACAAAUCAUCGACGAGAAAACGUGAGAUAUCGGACAGUGAUGAUGAAAGUGAUUACAGAGGAAAGAAAGCAGGAUCUAAAAAUGACAAAAGAAAAUCAUCCAACAAAUCAUCGACGAGAAAACGUGAGAUAUCGGACAGUGAUGAUGAAAGUGAUUACAGAGGAAAGAAAGUGAAGGAAAGUAAUAGAAGGAACAAAGAGCAGACAGGAAGAAGGUCAGAAGGCAGGAGAGAAGUAAGGAGAGACCGUAUGAAAGAUUCUUCCAACAGUGAAAGUGAAGAUGAAAGUUUUAGGAAAAAGAAGAAAAGAGAUAGAAUUACAAGUGAUCAGAAGGAUCAAACGUUAGGAAACAGAAGUAGACAAGGCAGAGGGAUGUCCAGUAGUGAUAGUGAUGACAGUCAUGAGAAGAAGAAUAUCGAAAGGAGACCAGGCAAUAGGGAGAAGGUGCAUGAUAAGAAACAGAGGAGCCGAUCUUCUGACAGCGAUGAAGAUGAUGGAAGAAGAAGGAGAGACGAUAGGUCAACCCAUCGGACAGACAGAGAUGAAAUCAGACUGGGAAGAAAUGAUAAGAAGAUUUCGCAAAGGAGAAAUGAUGAUAGGCAAAACAUGCAUGAUAAGACGGGCCGAUCUUCUGACAUUGACAAAGAUGAUGAAAGAAAAAGUAGGAAAGACGAUAGGUCAACACAUCGGACGGACAGAGAUGACAGCAGACCGGGAAGAAAUAAUAGAAAAAUAGACAGGACAGAAAUAGAAGGGAGAGAAGAUUAUCCCAAACAAAAUAGGAAGGAUGACAGCAGGUAUAGAAGGGGAGAUGAAUAUGAAGAAGAUAAAAAGAAAGUCAAAGGUAAUAGCCCUUUACGUGUCGAAGACGAGCGAAAGGUGUCUACCAGAGAAAAUCAUGAUGGAAGAAAUGGAGAUAAGGCUGAAAGUUAUAGGAAAGAUAGAAGAAACAGUGAUUAUGAUUCAGGAAGAACGGGCCGGUCUGCAGAGAGAAAAGAUGAUGUGAGAAAGGAAAAGGGGAGGGAAGAUACAAGGGAUAAGAACGACGGAAGGGGUGGAUCUGGAAGAAAAGAUGACCACGGAAAGGGUAGAUCAAGAAAUUUAGAACUGCACAAUCCUUACGAUAAACCUACCGAUCUGGAGGAAAGAGGGAAGAAAAUGCUCGGUGAAUUUUUCAAGCAGAUAGUAUGAUUUGUCAAACUGAAGGCAAAAUUCUAGUUCACAAGUCAUUAGGUAAUGACGGUAAUGGUAUACAUGUAUGUACAAGUAAUCAGAGAUCAGCCAAGUAAAAUCAGUAUUUCUAUGGUACUGUAGUUACCGUAAUGACACAAGCGUAGUUGAGCAGUGUUAUUAUCAGCCCGUUUUCAUUUUGUGGUUACCUCGAAAUCACUCUAAAUUACGGUAAACCUGACCCUCGAAACACGGGGCCCUAGAAAGCAAAUACAUAUAUCUGCCAACGUAAUGACUUGUGUGCUGCAGAUGUGUAGUUAUUGUUAUUUUCAUGAAAUUUUCACCAAGAAUGGUUAUAUGCUACCAAUGGCGCAAUGAGCUAAAAAGAUUUGAGAGGCCAGACAUGGAGUAUGAGGCAAAUUUUUAAGUUGCUGUCUGUGAGCAAGCAAAAAAAAAAAAAGGGGGGAAAAAUAUGUGACAUUUAGAAAAUGAUGUAAUAUUACCUUUUUUCAGUUUCCUGUUUUUUUUUUUUUUUUUUUCAAAGGGGUACUCGAGGAUAAUAAUGAUGAUUUGAACAGACAAAGUAAAAUCAGCAGAAAAAAUCCUGAAAAAAAAAAUUCAUCGAAAUCGGAAAAAGAAUAACAAAGUUAUUGAAUAGACUGGGCUAUUUCGACACCUACAUGUAGGAAGAUGGGGGCUGAUCUCGGCCGUCAAUUGUGCGAUCGCGACGAAAAUUGGCACACGCAUUACCCAUGGCAUAAUCUACAAGAUAAACUUCCGUGAAAAAUCUCACUGCUUUAUUCUGACCCUAAACAAGACGAAAUUAAUGUAUUUUUAUCAGUUAAAGGAAAAAUAAUGAAACAUUUAUGAAUUUUGGCUAAAAACACUAUUUGCAUUUGAUUUGUACACGAAUUCACAUUUUUGAGCAAUUUUGGGUCUGCAGCUGCAUGCACUUACAAAAUGUUGCAUAAUUUCAGAACCGUGUACCUGAGGAUCACAAUUUUGGUCUCAAAGUUGCGAGAGACUUGAAAGUAAAAGGUCAACGAGCGACGAUGUCAAAACAUUUUGCGCGGUAGAUUUAUUGUGAAAAAUUUCAAGGGGGCUGAAUCAGCCCCCCCCCCCCCCAGUCUUCUAUAGGGUUAAAGGGUUCUCCAGGCAGAAAAUAUGAUUUGAACAGAUAAAGAAAAUCCAGACAAACAAAACACUGAAAAUUUGAAAUCGGACAAGGAAUAACUAAGCUAUGGCAUUUAAAAGAUUUGUAAGUAUUCCGGUGGAACAAUUCUAGGCAUGUCUUCAUGAAUAUUCAAUGAGCAAACUGAUGAUAUCAUAUCUCCACAUUUUUGGGGUAUUUUUACUAUAUGAAAUAAGGUUUAUUCAAAAUGAAAUGACAACUGAUUUAGUGCAUGAGGUAUUCAUUGCUGCAAUUUAUUUCAUUAUGAGGGAGACAUAUUCACACAUGUAUGAAAAAAGGAAACAGAUAUGACUACAUGUAAUAACAUAAAAAAAGGAAAGUGGGGAUGUAACAUCAUCUGCCAAUCUAAUGAAUAUAUAUGACAACAUGCCUAUAACUGUUUUCACAAAAUAGUGCUAAAUUAUAAAAUUCAAUAACUUUAAUUUGGUAUUUGUUAUCAGAUUUGAUGAAAUUUUCAGCAGUUUGCUCUAAGAAUUUUACUCUAUUUAUUUAGAUAUAAAUAUUUUCAUCCCGGAGUACCCCUUAAAAGCUCUGAAUUAUUCCAGUGAAACAGCUCUAUGCUUAUCUUAAUGAAUAUGCAACGAGCGAGCUGAUGAUGUUAUACCCCAUGUAUUCUUUUGUAUUUUAUUAUAUGAAAUUAUAUUUACUCAAAGUUUGUCCAAGUAUGAAAAAUUUAGAUUGACAGCUGAUUUACUAUUUGAGAUAAUUAUUGCUGCAACUUAUUUUGUUACAAGGGAUAUAUAUCAUAAGCAGAUGUAUGAAAAUAUGAAACUAUAAUAUAAUUUCAAUUUCAUGUAAUAAUAUAAGAAAAAGGAAAGUGUGGACAUGACCUCAUCAGUCCAUCUAUUCCAUAUUCAUGAUAGCAUGCAUAUUACUGUUUUCAAAAAUACAUCUUUAGAAUUCAAUAAGUUUGUAAUUUCUUAUUAGAAUUUGUUGAAUUCAAUUUUUCAGCAUUUUGCUCUGUGAAUUUAAUUAUUUUCAGCCCAGAGUACCUCUUUGAGACUUGUCAAGUAGGUAAAUUUGUCUAUUGCCAACCCGUCCACUCAUCACAUGAUCUACAUUCAUUUAGUCUAACAAACAUUUGGUCCAAUAAUCACUACGUCUAAUCACCAGAUCAUCUCAUAACCAGUUGGUCUAAUACCCAUUUUCUUUUCACUAAUUUUUUUUUCCAAAUAAAACUCAGUCCAAUUAGACCAAAUUGUAUCUGGAAUAAAUUGAUGUUAGACCGACCGGAUAUUAGUUGAAUUGUUGAGAGGACGCAUUGGCAAUUAGACCAUGUAGACAGUGGAGGAACUGAUGGUAGACCAAAUGAUAGUAGAUGAGUUGGAAAUUGGAUGAAUUGGCAUUAGACCAAUUGAAAAUAAACCAUGAAGCAUACCCCAAAGGGAGCAGAUCAAGUAAGUAAACACUUGACUGAAUGGCCUGUAUUCUGAAGUCAGGUUUAACUUAGACCAUGGACUAACUCUGUGCUAAAAUUAUGGAAAGGCAAAAGUGUCAAAAUUUGUAUUACAUUGUAUGUUUUUUAUGCUUUGCUCUUUCCUGGUUCUUUGAUUGUGAAGACAAUUAUCUAUUCAUAAUUCCUAGACAAUUGAGAAUGAUUUGAUAGUCAAAUGAGCUGAAAUAUUAUAUCUCUAUUGUUAGUGAUUUGUGUCACAAUUGGCUUUCCAUACUUAAACCACAACUUUAAACCCGAGUUUAGAUUAAACCCGAGUUCAGAAUACGGGCCAUAGUGUGUAAGCUAUGCUGGGAGACUUUCAUAUGUAUUUCAUCUGGAAUAAGCCUUAUUGCGGUUGUAACUGGGCAUGAGCAGUAAAAAGCAAUUCGAGAUAAAACAUCAAGAUGGUUUCAAAUUCACUAACAUAAGCAUUUGUGAUUUGAUUAUUUUUCAUUCAUUAAUUUUGAAUAUUCUUUUCAUCACAUCCACUAGUAACAUUGUUCAUUAUUAUUGGUAUUUGACAGUUACCCAAAAAAUGGUCAAUGUGCCAAAAGUGGACAAUACGACAAUUUCCAAACUACGUCACUGCCAUUCUACGCUAGUCACCAGGGGGGUGGUUCACAAAGAUUUAAGUAUGACUUGGAGUCGCACUUGAAUGUCUAUUUGCUUGUGGUAUAGAAGGCAUGACCGCAUUGAUCAGAUCAUGCAAAGAGGACGCACACUACUGCAUAUUGAUCAAUAAGAUUGCGCGUUGCAUAUCUUGUACGCGUCAGCAUUUAAGUGGAACUUAAGUCAUACUUAAAUCUUUGUGAAACACCCCCCAGAUCUAUGCCCCGUCUUCUUUCUUUCGUAGAGUUUGAAUAUCACAGGACGCUAUGUCGUAAUAGCUUACACAGCAUCUUCACUUGAAAGUCUGAGCGCUUUAUAUCCAAAUGAAAAAUGGGAAAGGUCAAAAUUCGAUAAAAGUUGAUCAUGAGCUAACCGUGAAUUGACUUAUUUCAUAUACUAGUAAAUGAUGUUGUAAAUGAAUGUAGCAUUCCCAACUGAGUGAAUUGCCCAUUGUCAACAUUACUUGCACUGAACAUUGUACAUAAAUCUUUGAACUUGUACAGGAAAUGGAUGAAGGCUGGGUACUUCCGAUUCAGUUUUGAUAUGAAUAAUGAUGACUUUGUACUUGUUUCCUACGUCACAUCAGAUAGAAUUUCAGUAUUGUUCAGGAAUUGGCGAAUUUUCAUUUAUGAUGUUCAAACUGUUUGUCAGCUGAAAUGAAAAUAAAUGUAUAAACUUUUUUUAUGAAUGAUCAA